CUAGGCCUGUGUAUGGCCUUCAAUUGAAGCUGCUUCUGCUCCGCCACUCUGCCAUUGGACUCUUGAUAGUCGUCUCCCCACACUGCUGCUGGGGGGACUUUUUAACAUAGGCCUCUGUAUGGCCUUCAAUUUAAGCUGCUUACGCUUCGCCACUCUGCCAUGGGCCCUUGUACCGCCUCCUCUUGCUGCUGCCAGGUCCAGAGUGUGUCAUGGGUCCCUGGUCUCGUAAGUAGAUUGCAUGGAGGAGUAGAGUUCGUUAUUGGAAUUAUACCGGGAGGGACUUUUAAACCUAGCCCUGUGUAUGGCCUUCAAUUGAAGCUGCUUCUGCUCCGCCACUCUGCCAUUGGACUCUUGAUAGUCGUCUCCCCACGCUGCUGCUGGGGGGACUUUUUAACAUAGGCCUCUGUAUGGCCUUCAAUUUUAGCUGCUUACGCUCCGUCACUCUGCCAUGGGCCCCUGUACCGCCUCCUCA